UUCUUUCAUUUAAGGCCAUUCCUUUGUCUUGGAAAGAGAUGAAUCAUGAAGUUUUAGCUGAACACCAUUUGGAACCAUAAUGUGGGACUACCACGAGAGGAUUUCAUUUUAACCGUAAUUUAUCUUGAGACAAAUUUGAUGCACUUGAAUCACCUAGUUGUUAUAAUGCAGCUCACCAUGGACCACAGAAGCAGAUCUAUGGAGUACGGCCAGGACUGUGACUCUGUGAAUUAUGAUCAGGAUGUUAAUGGUAACACCCAGGACACAAAAUCCGAGGAAAGGGACAGUGGAACGGGACUCUCCAGUCAUUCCACCUCUGCUGAUCCCAUGAGUAUGGACGACUCAGACGAGCCCCCCAGUAUUGGGGAGGAGCUGAACUCCUCCUCCUAUCACUUAGACAUGGAUGGGGAGCUGGUGCCCAUUAACAAAGAUGAACUACAGGACACAUGUAGUGAUUGUGAGGCCUCUCGUACUUACACUGUACCCACCCCUGUCAGUUUCAUUAAUUCUAACGAGUUAGUAGACCCCCUUCAGGAGUUGAAUCAGAUAAACAUCAAGGAAAAAAAAUAUCCCGUUCUCCCCUCCAUCAGCAAGAAAUCGUGUACACCACGCUCCCACAGGAGUGAAACGUCACUGGACAAUGAACUACUUGAAAAAAGUCUAGUGAGAGAACUGACCAAAAAUCAAAUGGACUUUUCAAGAGAAAGAAUGGAAAAAGAGGCAGAUUUUUUUGCGGAUCAUCGAAUUAAUACAAGCAAAGUAAAAGCUACCCCGCGCACUAAUCCUCUCCCUCCUAUAAGACCUGCAAAUGUGUCUUCUCCAGAUAAAAUGGGAACAUGAUAACUGUGCAUAACAAUAUUAGCAUAUAGUGAGGUUUUCUUGCUAUGACAACAAAAUACUAUCUUGUUGCAAAUGCUUCUUCUCCAGAUAAAAUGGGAACAUGAUAACU